AUCAUUGAGCAACUUGAUAAAUGAGAACUGUAAAUAGAGUGUCAUUCCAAGUUUGAAAACAUCAGUGAGCGGUUGUGAGGCAACAGAAGUUCUGUUCCUAUUCCAAUGAUGGAACUGAAGUUACUGUUGUUCACCUUUUUGGUGCUUGUAGCCAGUUUUAGUGACGUUGGAGCAAAACGAUUCAGUUUUGGUGGUAGCAAAAGUCGAGGAAGUAGUCAUACAUCGCAUACGUCACAUUCGUCGUAUAAACCACCAGUCUCUCAUUACAAACCCCCAGUUUCUCAUUACAACCCUCCGGUUCAUAAACAAACAAUAACGCCUGUACACCACGGUGGUUCGUCGUCUUUUUUAAACGGAGAACGUGGAUUUGGUUCAACAGGUAGUAGUAAUAAAAAAUCGCCCCUCUCUCCAUUCGCACCUGUACCAAAGCCUCCAGUACACAGCGGUAACAAUAAUAAUAAGUCACCAUUCUCUCCAUUCGCACCUGUACCAAAGCCUCCAGUGAACAGUGGUAACAAUAAUAAUAAGUCACCACUCUCUCCAUUUGCACCUGUACCAAAGCCAUCUGUGAACACCGGCCAUGUUACCAACAAUAACAGACCACCAUAUCCAUCCUUUCCUCCUGUGCCAACACAUACUGGUAAUGGUAACUCAAAACCUUCAGCUCCUGUAAUAGGCAAUGGACAAGGAACACCGUCUAGACCCUUUGUUCCAGUUCCCCCCGUGCAUAAUGGAAACUCUCAUUUUGGAAAUCCACACCCUAGGCCAGGGGUUAACAGUGGCUCAAGUAAUCAUUCGAUGGGAUCAAACGUUGGUCACUCCGUACACCAGCCAACUCAAGGAUCUCAUUUCCAAACUGGACACAUUCAACCAACCCCUAGCUACCCUCGCCAACCGCCGUACAACCCUUCAUUUAACCGACCUGGAAAUAGUUCACAUCAUCAGCUGCCAAUAACGCCAUCAGUCAUUCACGGCACAACUUCAGGAAACCCCUACCCCCGUCAACCACCAUACAAUCCCUCAUUUGGACAACCGGGAAAUAUUCCACAUCCUCAGCCACCAAUAAAUCCAUCAGUUGUUCACGGCACAAAUUCAGGGAUUUCCUAUCCUCGUCAGCCACCAUAUAACCCUUCGUUUGGCCAUCCUACCGGAAACUACUAUCCGUUACAACCAGGGCAGCAGGGGACCCAUUUUGUCCAACCAAAUCCAACCCACAUCUAUCAUCAACCUGUUAUGAGUCUGCCACCAAACCCCUCGCACACUGUGGUGGUUGUGCCAGGGCAAUCCGGAUAUCACAGAGGAACUGGGGACAUCUUCAAAGAAGCAAUUAUCCAUGCUGGUGUUAACGCCGCUGUCCAUAGAUUAACCUCCCCGCACUAUCAUAGCUCCAACUGGAACCAUAACUCUUGGAGCAAUUAUCCACCACAGACUGGAAGCGUAACUACCACGCACAUUGUUAACAAUAAUUACUACGACCAAUCUGGUGGUGGUGGUGGCGUUGGUCUUCCCAAUAAUGGAGCAGGAGGAUCAAAUUUGCCUCAAAACUAUCCUGUGCAGUCUUAUCCAAAUGGAGGACAAGGCAGUUUUCCACAAACCCAACUACCACCUGGAGUGGUGAAUCCUGGUUUGAAUUCUGGAAAUUUUGGAUCACAGGGUUCCUCUGGGCAACCAGGAAAUAUUGGACCGCAGUCUCCAACUAAUGGGCAAUCUUAUCCAAACCAAAACAAUGGUAAUGGCCAAUCAAACACUGCGUUUGAUCUAUCGGGCUGGAUCCCUGACGAAGAGUUACGAACCAUCAGUGAAAAACUUUUUGCCAUGGAUGAGAAUAAUGCCUACAAGUUUAUAACUCUGAACUUACAGAAUCAAACUUUGAACAACACUAACCUCACAGAUCAAUCACCACAACCACUCUUCAAUGUGCAAUCUGCUGCCUACGAGAUUCCAACAAUUCGAGCAAUUCGUUCUCUAUAUCAAACAGCCGAUGAAAUAAAAAAGAAGACUCGUGAGAACAGUCGAAAAGAAGAAGCUCUAUUGAUAGAUCUUCUGUUGAACACUAACGUAAUGACUGCAGCGAUGGAAUUUUUGGCAAAGAAGAAGCUGAUAAAAAGUGAUUACCUUGAGCACAAGGAUGCCUUAAAGCGAAUUUGGUUCACACCAUAUGAUGGAAACUCUUCUGGAUUCAAGCGUGUAUUUCAAGGUGAGGCUAUUGGUGGAGAAGUCCUCUAUGGAAUUCAAGACUGGGUGGCACUCGACUUCCAAGAAAAAACCAAUGGAGCUAACUACUUGAGUUAUGUACAAGAAAUCAAAUUGGGAAGGAUUCCAAAAGCAUCCCUUUUGAAACUGAACUUUGAGUUGAGUGGAAUUGUGAAAGCUGGGACUUCAAUUUUUGUCGGUACCUCCCCAGAGUUAGAAAUGGCAUUAUAUACAAUUUGCCAUUACACAAGACCCGAUAAUUACUGCCCUAUUUCGCUUGGUGGGACGCAAUUAACAUUAUACACUCACACUUUCAGAUACUUCGGAAACGAUCUAAUCGAUCUGGGUUUUCCUAUUAUAUUGUAGAAAAUGUCUAAGUACAGUAAUUUACCAAUAUUCCUCUCUACAAUAAUCCUAAUUGUUAUUAAUCGCAUAUUAAUCAUGCAAUUAUCUAAGCUUUGGAGCAUCUAAGGUCCAAGCAAUUUUAAAAAUGCAAAUAUCCACACCAAAAAAUUAUCAAUUUAUAAAAAUAAUACAAAGUAAUAAGAAAAUGAUUUCUACAUAUCAA